AGGAAGAACGUGAGAGAGGGAGAGAGAGAGAGAGAGUGUGUUUGUGUGUGUGACAGAGAGAGAGAGGCAGAACGAACGCGUUGAGUUGCACAGCGAGGGAGAGACAGAGACACAGACACAAGCUGGUGCGGUGCGGUGCGGAGCGGAGCGGCGGCAGUAUGCAAGCAUGGUUCUAAUCCUGCACCACAUCCUGAUCGCGCUGUUUCAAUCUUUCAGGCGAGGACAGCAAGCCGCGGUGAAACCAGAGAGUGAUCUGAGCCAGUCUGCCGCGGUUCAGAACACCGAUGGACAUCCAGACUCCGGUGCAGAAAGAGAGGCAGAGAAUGCCACUGUAAAGGACGGGAGGAAGUGUCGCAGGAAAGGAAAAGAGAGGAGAAGCAAUAAUGACAGGGAGAGAGGCACAGAGACCUUCACAGAGAGACAGCACAGGUGUGAGCAGGAACAAGACCAGAAAGUACAGAGACAGGUGAAGAUACUGCCGAACUUUGAGAGUGCCUGCGCGAUUUCCACACUGCCCUAUACUGCUCAAGAGGAAUCUCUUCUUCAUCUCGCCUCAGUCAUCGAUACUAUCUCUCUACGAGCUGUCAUCAGCGAUGCCCUGUCAACGGUCCUCCCCAAAGUGGAGAGCAUCUACAUCUACCUUCUGGAUGUCAAAUCAAGCAAACUGCUGUGUGACAACCCCCCACACGAGAUGUCCAAGGAGGGGAGGCUCAGGGAGGCCGUCAUCACCAAGCAACGCAUCAAGUGUAACGGGCUUCACAAGACGGACAUCCAGGUGCCCGGGAUGAGUCAUCUGGUGGCUCCUCUGCCGAACGACAAGCAAAUAAUGAUCCUUCCAGUUAUAGACACUGACAUGGGAAGGGUGAUCGGCGUGGUUUUGGUAUACUGUGGGCUCAUGAACAACAUCAAUGAACCAUGCCUUCGCAUUCUGGAGAGACAUAUCUGUGCCUCCUGCAAGCGAGUCCAGGCUCUCCUAAAUCCACUAAGUUGGAGUCACUUCAACAUAGGCCAGGUCACCAAUGCAGCGAUGGAGAUCUCGGGAGCUUUCGAUGAACUAGACCGCAAGGUUCUUCAAUUAUGUGGCGAGCUGUACGACCUCGACGCUACUGCUCUUCAACUGAAGAUUAUUCAGUAUUUACAACGGGAGACUCACUCGAUGUGCUGCUGUUUGCUGGUUGUAGCAGAAGGCGAAACCCACCUCUUCUGUCAGGUGAUUGGAGACAAGGUCUUGGAGGAGGAGAUUAUCUUCCCGCUGGAUUUUGCUCAUCUGGAACAGUCUGAGAGGAGUAACAAAGCCCUGACACUCAGUGACAUCAGCGUGGAGCAGCACAUGAAGCUGAACAGCAUGCUGGGAUUUGAGGUCCGCACCAUGUUAUGUGUUCCGGUCAUCUCUCGGGCUACAGAUAAGGUUGUCGCCUUGGGCUGUGCCUUCAACAAACGAGCGGGCAAUUAUUACACGGAGGUGGACGAGCAAACGAUUCGGCAUUGUUUCCAGUACACAGCCAGCGUCCUCACCAGCACCAUGUCAGUGCAGAAGGAGCAGAAACUGAAGAUCGAAUGUCAGGCUCUUCUCCAAGUUGCCAAGAAUCUGUUCACACACUUAGAUAACGUUACAGUGCUCCUUCAAGAGAUCAUUCAGGAAGCACGCAACCUUACCAAUGCGGAGAGCUGUUCGGUGUUCCUGUUGGAGCAGAACAACAAGGAGCUUGUUGCAAAAGUGUUCGAUGGAGGAUUUGUAACUGAUGAGUCCGCUGAAUUCCGGAUGCCAGCAGACCAGGGGAUCGCCGGUCAUGUGGCAACCACUGGUCAGAUCCUCAACAUCAAGGAUGCUUAUUCUCACCCACUGUUCUACCGGGGCGUCGAUGACACAACUGGCUUCCGGACCAGGAACAUCCUUUGCUUCCCCAUUAUUGAUGAGAACAACCAGAUCGUUGGGGUAGCCGAGCUGUGUAAUAAGGUCAAUGGGCCGUGGUUUACCAAGUUUGAUGAGGACCUGGCUCUGGCCUUCUCCAUCUACUGUGGUAUCAGCAUUGCACACUCAUUGCUGUAUAAGAAGGUUCAUGAAGCCCAGUACAGAAGUCACCUGGCCAAUGAGAUGAUGAUGUACCACAUGAAGGUCACGAACGAGGAAGUAAUGAGACUGCUGCGGUACGGCAUUCAGCCUGUGGUCGAGAUCAGUCCUGACUUUGACAAGUUCACCUUCACCCCACGCUCCGUCCCUGUGGAUAGCACCGCAAUGGCUGUCCUCGGUAUGGCUCAAGAUAUGGGCAUUACCACCAACUUUAAGAUUGACCUGAAGACUCUCGCCAGGUUCUGCCUGAUGGUGCAGAAGGGUUACCGAGACCCCCCUUACCACAACUGGACGCACGCCUUCUCCGUCACGCACUUCUGCUAUCUCCUCUACAAGAACCUGCCCGUGGCAGAAUACCUGCUUGACCUUGAGAUUCUCGCGCUCUUUGUGUCUUGUAUGUGUCAUGAUCUAGACCACCGGGGGACCAACAACUCUUUCCAAGUUGCGUCGAAGUCGGUGUUAGCUGCGUUGUACAGUUCAGAAGGAUCAGUCAUGGAGAGGCACCAUUUUGCUCAGGCCAUCGCCAUUCUGAACACUGAGGGGUGCAAUAUCUUUGAGUCCUUCUCUCGGAAGGACUACCAGAAGAUGCUGGACUUGAUGCGGGACAUUAUUUUGGCCACUGACAUGGCUCACCACAUCGAGAUCUUACCGGAACUCCAGGAGAUGGUUAAAGCUUACGACAAAGAGAAGAUGGACCAUCACACUCUCCUCUUGAAUCUGAUGAUGACAACCUGUGACCUCAAUGACCAAACCAAAGGGUGGAAAACCACCAUCAAAACAGCGGAGUUGAUUUAUAAGGAAUUCUUCUCACAAGGAGAUUUGGAGAAGGCAAUGGGGAACCGUCCCUUAGAGAUGAUGGACCGAGAGAAGGCCUAUGUUCCUGAGCUCCAGAUCAAUUUCAUGGAACAUAUUUGCAUGCCAACUUACAAGCUCCUGAUGGACAUCUUCCCGCAGGCAGAACCUCUGUACCAGCAGGUAAAAGCCAAUCGAGACCAGUGGGUGAAGGUGUCCUCCAAAUUCAGCUUCACAGGGCUUCCUAGCAGCAGCAACUUGGACUUUCUCACUGAGAUCGGAGAGUCCCAAUUGAACUCUAAAGAUACACCCUCCCAGUGAUCGCAGAAACCAACCCUAACCAAUAAUUAUAAUUUUUAUUGCAGUUUAAACAAACAGAACAAAAAAAUACAAAAAUGUGUCAUUGGAAGCAUCUGAAAUCAAAAAUCAUUGGCACCCUACAAUGUGAUUUUUUUUAUAUAUAGGAACCUGAUUAAUAAUUGUCACUGCAUUCUCCGUGUUCCGUUUGCUGGAAUUCUUUUCAAUAUGGUUCACAACAUCCGUUCAGUGUCCGGUUUAUUAGGUACACCUGUACACCUGCUCAUUAAUGCAAAUGUCUGAUCAGCCAAUCAUGUGGCAGUAACUCAAUGCAUAAAAGCAUGCAGGCAUGGUCAAGAGGUUCAGUUGUUGUUCAGACGUGUGCAUGUGUUAGACUUCCUCGUCUGUGUUUCAAGAUGGGACAGGUGGGGUUACCGACACCGCCUUGGAUCCCUGGCGUCUGCUUUCUUUCGGAAUGUGACUCGCACCGGCUUGACAGCUAUUCUGUAGGUUGAAGGCGCCUUGAUAAUGUGAGAGGUCAGAGGAGAAUGGCCAGACUGGUUCAAGCUGACAGGAAGGCGACAGUAACUCAAAUAAUCAUGUUUUACAACAGUGAUGUGCAGAAGGGCAUCUCGAACACACAGCACGUCGAACCUUGAAGUGGACGGGCUACAGCAUCAGAAGACCACGCUGGCUUCCACUCCUGUACCUAAUAAAGUGGCCACUGAGGGUCGAUCCCAGGCAACGCAGGGCGUUAUUGAACAGAAUUCAUUAGCGAAUUACGUUUUAAGUUUGGUUAAGAAGAUGUAAAUUUGGUUGAGGCCAAGAGUUCGAAGAACAGUACAGGGGUCCUUUGGCCCACGCUGUUGUGCUAAGCUUUUAACCUACUCCAGGAUCAAUCUAACCCUU